GGCGCGGAGCUGAGGAGCAGCGCAGUGGCAGUGGCAGCAGCAGCCAACCGGAGGGUCCAGAGCAGCCGGCACUCGGCAGAAGGGAGCAGAGGAAUCCAGAAGGGUGGCUGACAGAGAAGCCCGUCGCCCACGCUGCGGGUGCCAGCGCUAUGAGGCCGCUCCUCACCCUGCUGCUCCUGGGCCUGGCAGCCGGCUCACCCCCGCUGGAUGACAACAAGAUCCCCAGCCUGUGUCCCGGGCACCCCGGCCUUCCGGGCACUCCGGGCCACCACGGCAGCCAGGGCCUGCCUGGCCGCGACGGCCGCGAUGGCCGCGACGGCGCACCCGGGUCUCCGGGCGAGAAAGGCGAGGGCGGGAGGCCGGGACUCCCAGGCCCCCGUGGGGAACCCGGGCCACGCGGAGAGGCGGGACCAGUGGGGGCAAUUGGGCCUGCUGGAGAAUGCUCGGUACCCCCACGCUCUGCCUUCAGUGCCAAGCGCUCCGAGAGCCGGGUGCCUCCGCAGUCGGAUGCGCCCCUGCCCUUCGACCGCGUGCUGGUGAAUGAGCAGGGACAUUAUGAUGCCGCCACCGGCAAGUUCACAUGCCAAGUGCCCGGGGUCUACUACUUCGCGGUCCAUGCCACAGUAUACCGGGCCAGCCUGCAGUUUGAUCUGGUCAAGAAUGGCCAGUCCAUUGCCUCUUUCUUUCAGUUUUUUGGGGGGUGGCCCAAGCCAACCUCGCUCUCUGGGGGUGCCAUGGUGAGGUUGGAGCCAGAGGACCAGGUGUGGGUACAGGUCGGCGUGGGUGAUUACAUUGGCAUUUAUGCUAGCAUCAAGACAGAUAGCACAUUCUCUGGAUUUCUGGUAUAUUCUGAUUGGCAUAACUCCCCUGUCUUUGCUUGACACACACUGUAAAGUGAGCUCUACUCUCACCCGUAGGGGAGAAGGGCAUGAUAUUGACAGUAACAUUAUCUGGGAGGGCUGGCUCCCCUGGAAUGUUGUGAAUCACUACAGGGUAGGGUGGGGCCUCUCCAUCCUGCUGUUCCAGGGAACAGGACAGAGGCUGAGAAUGGGGUUGGCAGCGGGGCAGGAGCUGGAUUUCUGCCCAGGACCAAAGGAGCGCACUGUGCUGGCAGCUGUGGGAAUCCCAGUUACCCCAGUCCAGGAUCCCAAAGCAGGGUGCUUUUUUCCUGUCUUCUUCUCUGGGUCCCCCUUUGUCCCUUCUGUUCCUAGGUCCUUUCUCAGAGAUCAUUCAAUAAAUCUAAAAACCCUGCUACUGGAUUCAGCCUUUCUUCUAAUGAUGGGGAUAAUACCUUGAGAGUUAGGGAGAGGGGAUAAGGAUGGGGGAAGAGGCAGAGAGGAUCUUGGGCUGGUUGGAGCUAAGGAGUAGACCAAGGUGAAUGACAGUGCUCCACAGAGCUGCCACCUAAGUUACGUAGGUUGUGAACAGCAACACCUGGCUGAAAAGGGUGCCCUUCUGGCCUAAGGCUCCGGCUACCCAGAGGAAGGAAUAUCUUUUUCUAACUCAUAGAUGUCAUAUGAACUGGAUGGCAGGUACCUUCACCACACAAACCUCUGACCUUAUCCACAAAAGGGAGUCCAGGAUUCUCAUUCAUGACUGUCCUGGCUGCUUGCCUGGUUCCCUGGAUGACCACAAAGCUGUUUCUGUUCCCCAUGCCAGAGGAGUGGAGUGUCUUGGGCGUCUAAAGAAGUCGGUUCUUAGAUGACCACCAGGGGGCGCACCAGCUCCGGAAUGCUGCAAUGACCGCCUAGCUAGGGCACCUGACUAUUGGGGUAUAGAAGGGGAGGAAUGGGGGGCCUUCCUGGUGACGCAAGGGGUUAAGCACCGCAUUAUGAAGCAAUCCGCAGCCUUUGCAGCAUGAGUUCAAUCCCCAGCCGGGAACCCGCAUGCAGGCCGGGAACACGCAUGCAGGCAGGCCGGGAACUCACAUGCAAGCCAGGAACUCACAUGCAACCCACAUGGCACAGCAGACCUCUCCUGGCUCUCCCAGCUGCUCCUCUCAGCAGUGUAUUUCUGUCAGUCUGCCUGUUCUGUUCCCCACUUUGUCUCUGGUGAAUCCUCUCACCCCCCACACCUCUGGCCUGUACCCCAGCUCUUGUAUGCAUAAAUAA